GGUGUCUGUGUAGUAAGUGUUGGAAUAGAAAAUGGCAUCAUCGACGCAAAGUGCAAUCUCAUCUUAUCUUAUCACAAACGGCUUCAUGGAUGGGUAUUUUAUUUGGAAAAGACACGGAGAAAUUAUUUAUAGAAAACGGUGUUGCACCCAAGUGGGUGAAUCAUCAAGUGUCGCUGCUGCUGCUGCUGCUGCUAUGAAUAAUGUUCCAAGUGUCGAUCAACUCAAAGACAUGCUUCAUAAUGCCAUGGGAUCAAAUUUUUUUAAUAAUGAAAAUAGUGCCACAGGGGUAAAAGAUGCAACACAAUUUGAUGCUAGUUUUGAUGAUCCAUAUGGUGUCAGGUGUGAUGAUGGUGUCACUGUCUUAAAGUGGGUGUGUGAGCUCAUGAGUGCAAAAACACUUUUUAACAUGAGUGUUAUUAAUUGGGACUAUGUGUUAAAGCGUAGUCUAAUGGCCUUCAAAAAAGUUGAUAAGGAGAAAUUGCUAACAGAUUAUUAUAGUGCCAAGAAGAUGUUAAGGCAUCUGGAUCUCGAGUAUAAAAAAGCCCGAUUUAAGCAGCGUGAUGUGCAUUCUGCUACGCCUAUACCAAGAAAGACUUUGUGGUAUCUUCCUAUUAUUCCUAAACUUCAGAGAUUGUAUAUGUCUAGGAAAAUUGCCGAGCAUCUGACUUGGCAUUUAAAUUGUUAUAAUGAAAAUGAGAAAAUUUUUCAUCCUGCAUGUGGAGAGGCGUGGAAGCAUUUUGAUAGCAGUCACCCUGAGUUUGCUAGGGAAUUGAGGAAUGUUAGGUUAGGUCUGUGCACUGAUGGGUUCACUCUUUUUGGAAAUUCUGCAUCUCCAUACUCUUGUUAGCCAGUAUUUAUGUCAGUUUAUAACCUGCCUCCAAUAAUGUGCAUGAAGUAAUUAGCGAUGAGUUCAUUAAUGUCCAUGAGCAUAUCAAAUGUUUAUCCAACGGUCCAAAAAAUUAUGUUUCUUGCUAUAAUGGAUAUAUUGUCAAUGGAUUCCGAUUUCACACUGCCCACUAUGGUAAAAAUAAGCGAACAAUGAAUUAUGGUGUCUGUGUUGUUGGAUCUAUUGGUACUGAAUUAGAUUAUGAUUUUUAUGGUGUGCUUCAAGAAAUAAUUCAGAUUGAGUAUU